AGAAACAUGGCGGAAAGCGAGUUGAACGUUGACAGCCUCAUCUCCCGACUACUGGAAGUGCGAGGAUGUCGUCCAGGGAAGGUCGUCCAGAUGACGGAGGCUGAGGUGCGGGGGCUCUGCAUCAAGUCCAGAGAGAUUUUCCUCAGUCAGCCGAUCCUGCUUGAACUAGAGGCUCCACUCAAAAUUUGUGGUGACAUCCAUGGGCAGUACACAGACUUGCUGAGGCUAUUCGAGUAUGGAGGCUUCCCUCCAGAGGCCAACUAUCUGUUCCUGGGGGAUUACGUGGACAGAGGGAAGCAGUCUCUGGAGACCAUCUGCCUGCUGCUCGCCUACAAGAUCAAAUACCCAGAAAACUUCUUCUUGCUCAGGGGGAACCACGAGUGUGCCUCCAUCAACCGCAUCUACGGCUUCUAUGAUGAGUGCAAGCGCAGGUUCAACAUUAAGCUCUGGAAGACCUUCACAGACUGUUUUAAUUGUCUGCCAAUCGCGGCGAUUAUUGAUGAAAAGAUUUUCUGCUGCCACGGAGGGCUCUCACCUGAUCUGCAGUCCAUGGAACAAAUCCGACGCAUUAUGAGACCCACUGACGUCCCAGACACAGGCUUGCUGUGUGACCUGCUGUGGUCAGACCCAGAUAAAGACGUCCAGGGCUGGGGGGAGAACGAUCGGGGGGUUUCCUUCACCUUUGGGGCCGAUGUGGUCAGCAAGUUCCUCAACCGCCACGACCUGGACCUCAUCUGCAGAGCACAUCAGGUUGUUGAAGACGGCUAUGAGUUCUUUGCCAAGCGACAGCUGGUGACGCUGUUCUCUGCCCCGAACUACUGCGGCGAGUUUGACAACGCUGGCGGCAUGAUGAGCGUGGACGAGUCCCUGAUGUGCUCCUUUCAGAUCCUGAAGCCCUCAGAAAAGAAAGCAAAGUACCAGUAUGGAGGGGUGAACUCAGGGCGCCCUGUCACCCCGCCUCGCACCACUCAGGCACCAAAAAAGAGGUGAGCGGCUGGCCCUGACUCUCCUGCUCCUCCCCCGGCUGGUCUCUGGCCCACGUCCCUGCAGGCGGCCUCAAACACUCCAGCCUUCUCUCAGUCAGCUUGUUCAUGUGUAAACAAAAACUCCAGGAGUGUUUCUUGCUUGUUCUGUGGGUAUUUUUAUGAACAUGUGAGUGGUAUCCCCCCCCCCUCCCCCAUUUCUCUUUUAAUGCCAUGGUAUGCAUUAACUAACUUUUACAACUCACUCCAUUCAGCAAUAUUUAAACCAAACUCUUGUGGAAAUGGGCAAGAUGUUAAGAAAAUAUGCUUCUCUGCCUUCACGUUCAUUUUCAUAGUGAUUUUGUGAAUGCAUGCACGCUUGUGAGAUUGAGACAGGGUUCUUUGUCCCAGCCGAUUUAAAAUCCAUGAAUUCUCGCAGACAGCAGGGCCAAUUGUUUCUUGUUCAUGUAAUUAACAAAAUUAUUGCCACUGCCCACAUCUAUAUUGGCUGAAGUAGUACACUGUUUAAAGGUAUAGUGUGACAUUUUGGGAAAUACGCUUAUUUGUGCUCUUGGAAAGAAUUAGAAGAGAAGGUAGACCCACUAUUUUAGCUACAUUAUACCUACACACAUACUCUUAUAGCGCAGCCAGUACCAAUCACCAGCAAUAUUACAUCUUGGUGCAAGCAUUCUACAUGCUUUUGGGCUCACUGGUGCUGAUGAGAUUAACUUAUUUUGAAAUGUGGUUUUGAAAAUGGAUACUCAAUAGAAUUGGUGCAAGUAGGUUAGUUAGGUAC